AGACAGCCCCGGCACUUGCCUCCCUUGCCUACCUGCCUGGCCUCGCAACAAACCCCGCCGCCAUCAUUCAACAAGCUGGCCCCGAGUCGGUGACCCCGUCCUGCGCAGCCACUCCUACUUUUCCUCUCUCUUCCCUGAUGUAUACGGCCGCGCUUCGAAACAAUCCCCACCACCGUCUCCAUCGGCCUCCCUCGCCCGCGUCUCCUUCGACGUGCGAUCGAGCCACCUUCGCCAACACUUUUCCUCAUCUGCCCGGCGUCUGCACGCCGCCGGGCGACGAGAUUAUGGGGACCGCAUACGAGGUGCCGCACCUGCAAUCUUGCGAAAGCUAUCUUCUCCCUCCCUCUUCCGUCUACGCACCACCGACGAUGCCGCAGUCCGACCGGCGCCGGCCAGUCUUACACGAGCGUCCGCUCCCAAACGAGCAGCUUCUCCAUCCGAUCUCGCGAUGCACCGCCCUUCCUCCCCACCAACCACCGCAGACCAGAGGGUCGGCUUCGGCAGGAUACCGACCUGCGGCCCAGCCGAGCUCGCUGCACCCGGAGGCGGGCCUGGCGGCGGCGCCAGAAGAAUACCCGCAACAACGCGAGGAGGCCAACCUGCGGCAACCCAAACAACUCACACCCGCGACAGGAAGCUCUCCGGCCGACGGUGAGCAGAACACCGCCGAUGCCAAGAUGACGCACCACAGCAUGAGCAUACCGGAGCGCAUCAGCCCAAGAGGCGGGAGCAUAUCCGAUUUCAUGGCCGACGUGGCGGCCCUAUUCUGGUUCGAGUCGACCAGGCUGCUGGAGAAGGUCGAAAGCGCGGGCCCUGGCACGUCGAUCCAAGCGCCUGCGCCCGCUGCCGUCGCCAGCCAACAUUUCAAGAAGUGGGUCUCCAGCAUCCUGAAUACGACCCAGGUCACUCAGAAUGUGGUCAUACUGGCGCUGCUCUACAUUUACCGGCUGAAGAAGGCGAACCCCACCGUCAAGGGCCGCUCGGGGAGCGAGUACCGCCUGCUCACGGUGGCACUGAUGCUUGGCAACAAGUUCCUGGACGAUAACACCUACACGAACAAGACCUGGGCCGACGUGUCGUGCAUCUCGGUCAACGAGAUCCACGUGAUGGAGGUCGAAUUUCUGAGUAACAUGCGGUACAGCCUCCUGGUGUCGGCCGAGGAGUGGGAACAGUGGCUUGACCGACUGACGAGGUUUUGGUCCUACUUGGAGCUGGCCCGACAUGCCGUCUCACCCUCGCCUUCUCCACUCUUGAUUCCUUCGCCCACUCACCGGAACGGGGUGUCACCGCUGCAAUCGCCCACCGUGCCGCUGACCCCCGGCCUGCACUCGGCCUCUCAAUCUUGCGCCCUCCAGUCGCCCAACCUUGCGCCGUUGGCCAACGAUGCCCGCGCAUGGAUGCCGUCGUACGGCGGCGGAAGCAAUGCAGCCUCCCCGCCGGCGCUGAAGACCGAACACCUUCCCUCGCGGAAGCGGGGAUUCCCCGACGAAGCUUCGGCCGAACCCCCCGCAAAGCGCCUGAGCCAGGUGCCGGUCGGAACGGGGCAGUCGACCGGGCCGCUUACGUCACAAUCGACGCUUCAGCAUCAUGCAACUGCGGUGCAAGCACUACCCGGCUUCCCGCGCUCCGGCGCCGGCCCUCUGCAAACGCGUCCGACACUUGCGCCAGAUCAAGGUCGCCAGCUGGUCCCGACUUUGACACUGAACACCGCUCAGGCUGCCGAGCUUGCCAUCCCGCAGUCUCAGCCCCUCGGGCCUGCCGGGUACACCGCGCCCCAAGCCGCCGCCUUGUCGCUGCCGCCGCUCGCAUCGGGCGUCCGAGCAAUGUCUAUGGUCUUCCCCGUCACAACCUACGCACCUUCCCAACCUACCCCGGCCACCUGCGGGACAUCGACCACCCCGACGAGCAACUUCCCUCCGAUGACGUUCGGCACCCCGACGAAACGCUUGUCACCUCAGAGCGCCUUGGGCGCCUACCCGGGCUCGUCCCCGAUCGUCAUGGCCACCCCGAUGAACGGUUCCGGCGCCACGAGCGGCUUGCAUACGCCGAUCUCGCACUCGCCCUCCAUAUAUCUCCAGCAGCGCAACAGUCCGUACAAGCCAGUGCGGCAUGUCAACACGCUCCUCUACCCUCCGCCCUCGGCCUUCCUGCAGCGGUACCACCUGCCGAACCCGGUGCUGCCCAACCAAAUGCACUAUCAGCCCCUCGGGAAGCGGAACGAGUACCGCACCGGCAUUGUCCCCGAGUUCCUCGAGAGCGUCCACCGGUCGGGGCCGGCGCCGAGCGCUCCUCAGUAUUCCAUUCCUCAGGCUCCUUACCAGCCGCCUGUCUCGCAGAUGCUUCCGGAUCCGCAUCCACAUCCGCUUACCCAUCAACAGAGGGCCCCAUACCAGUCACGUCCUCAGACGCAGCCUGCCCUGCCUUAUCCGGGGCAAUAUUAGGACUCAAGAAGUCCCUCCAAUGUGGCGUCGCCGUCCGCGCCGCGACAUUUUCCGUUCUUCUUUCUCAGUUUGUACCAUUAGUGAGCCGGCACGUCAGCCGCGAUGCAUAUGCAUAGUUUUGGCGUUUGAGGAAUCUUGAUUU